ACCCGGAGAUUAUCGCACCUCGUUCCGAGAAAAACAAAAAAAGCGCCUGAGGCUGAGAGACGCUGACCGCAGCCUCGUUCAUUCCAACUGCGCCCGGCCUUCCUCUUAACACAAAGUCACCCCGUUUGCCGGCACUCGUAGACUAAUACUUUGUACAUCAGCGUGCGUUCACAGUCAAUCUCGCUUGGUACUUCCAGCAGUCUAUCGUUCAGACAGCACUUGCAAAUACCGCCACCAUGACUCGAGGCAACCAGAGAGACAAAGCUCGGGAAAAGAACAUGAAAGAGCAGGCUGGGAAGGGAAAGAAAAAUGCGCAGUCGGGUACCGAAUUCCAAAGGACCAAGGAACAACAGGCAGAAAUUAUGAGACAAAAGCAGGCCAAAGGUGGGUGUCGACGACACACGAUCUGGAAGCGCGGAAAAGCGACUGACGAUAGUACCAGCCGAAGCAAAAGCUAAGGAAG